AUGGAGAUGGAAGAGAAGGCCACCGAUGCCCACGUGGAAUGGACUGUCAAGUCCGGGGCAGAGGUCAUUACCGAUGAUGAGGAUCCAAACGAAAGUAUCUUGCAAGCCAUAAAGAAGAAUACCUGGGCAAUCAUCUACUGCUGCUUCAUGACUGUCAGCCCCUUACUCUACGGAUACGACGUGAUCACUGCCGGUGUAGUGACGGCAAUGCCGGGAUUUCAGGAGUCGUUCGGAACCUACCAGGGAGAUUAUUCGUGGCUAUUACCGGCAAUGUGGAUCUCACUGUGGACUACCAUGAUGCCUGUUGGUGUCAUGUUCGGCUCCUUAACCUGCAGUUACAUAACGGAUCGGUUUGGAACAAGGGUGUCUAGCAUUGGUGGAGGAUUCAUUGCAAUUGCCGGUGCCUUGCUCAGCUUUUUCUCGGAUCUCCUUCUUGAACUGAAUGCUCGACGGGGUCUUUUCACUGGUUCCAAGGCGAUCCUGGGUUACGGCUUAGGCUUGAUGCUUCCUGCAUCACAGACCUAUGUCUCAGAGGUAGCUCCAGUUCGCCUGCGCGGUGCUCUUUUAUCUCUGUUUACUAUUUCUAUGCUCAUCGGGCAAAUCAUUUCAAUCGCAGGAAUUGAUGUUCGGCUCAUGAAUUUCACCCCUGACUCCUACCGUAUUUUAUUUGCCGCGGAAAUUGUCCCUACCGGUGUCGCAAUGAUUCUAGCCUUCUUCUGUCCCGAAAGCCCGAGCAUUUACGCCAAGCUAGGCAAGCGCGCCCAGGCAAUCAAAGCAUACUCCAGACUUUUCCCUACAAAAGAUGCAGAAGAGGCGGUUGCAAAGAUUGAAAGUUCCUUGGAGCACGAGAGACAGAUCCAGGCUAGCGAAGAGAAACCAGGCUAUAUGGAAUGCUUCCAGGGAACAAACUGGCGACGUACAAGAAUAGUUCUAUAUGCCAACAUGGUGCAGAACUUUGCUGGAAUUGCUAUGAUAGCACAGUCCACUUAUUUCAUGGAACUGGGUGGAAUGUCCUAUACCAUUUCGCUGAAUGUGACCACCGCGCUCCUUUGCGUGGCGAUCCCUGGCUAUAUUUCCGCUUGGUACACCAUGAACGUCUACGGCCGCCGAAACACUAUGCUUUGGGCCUGUAUCGGGAUUGCGAUACUUUGGUUAAUCAUCGGUAUAAUUGGAUGUUUCAAGGCCGAGCGUGCCUUCUGGGCGGUUGGAUGUCUUAUCGUGGUGGUCAACUUCAUUUAUGCCAUGGGCGUGGGUAGCGUUUACCCCGUCAUUGCAUCAGAAACUUCGACUCUAAGGCUCCGAGCCAAGACCCAAUCAGUGGGUUUCUUUGUUCAAUUCCUCACAACUUGGGCAUUUGGAUUCUCUGUGCCUUACAUGUACGAGACCAAUGAAGGUGAUAUGGGUGGGAAGAUUGGUUUUAUUUUUGCAUUCCUCUCGGUCGUCGCUUGGGUGGUAUUUUACCUGGAGGUGCCGGAAAUGAUGAAUCGCACAAUCGCAGAGAUCGACGAGCUGUUUGAGCGAAAGACGCCAACGAAGGAGUUCAAGAAGACUGUCUUAUAA